AUGAGAAAGAUAACAGAAUCUUUAGAUGAAAGUGAGGAUAAAAAAUACAGGAUCAAUGUUUUGGAUGUACUCUGUCUAGUGCGACAAUCUUGGGAUCAAGUUCCUAAGAGUACGAUAGAAAAGUGUUUUCGGAAUGAGGGAUUUUUCGGCUCUCAAGUAGAAAAUGGUGAAGUCGACGUUGAUGUCCCCAUUUCAGAAGUAGUUGCUCCUGGGAUAGACUUCAAUGAUUACGCUACAUGCUAUGACGAAUUGGUUGUCUGUGCAACUGAAGUUAUCGAAAGUGUUGACUCGUCGGAAACUAUGAACAGUGAUUCGGAUGAAAACGAUGAUGAAGCUCCUGCUAAAAUUGUUCCAUUUUCUCAAGCCUUAAGUAGCUUAGAAACUGUUAAAACAUACCUUAUGCAGCAGGAAGUGAACGAUGUAGUUUUUGAUAAUCUUCAUAAAGUUGAAAAGGAACUUUUUCGGGUAAAAGAUCAGGGAAGUCAUCAAACUGCCAUAACUCAGUUUUUUGUCAAAAUGUAA